GGCAGCCUUCGUGCUCGUAAUAUCCUGACAAGGGCCAAAGAUAACUGACGAUUCUUAAUAUUAACGAAAAUUCCGCAUUUCAUGCAACCUGGAUUCUGCUGGAAUUUAAUGACCAAGCUACAAAUGAAAUGAGACGCUCAGAUGGACGAAAGAGACGUAGUUCUAGUCGGGGAAGCGAACAGGAAAGGACAAGUGAAGUUAGCCCAGACAACACAGCUUCCAGCAGAGUCAUAAGGACUAGAUCUCGGUCAAAAGACGAAUCCCCAAACAAACUUAUAAAUAAUAAACUAAAUGGUAGCAGCAAAGACGAGAAUAUUGUAAAAAAUGUGUUUUCAAGUCCAAGAGGACGGGGGAGGGGAAAGGGGAGAGGGAGGAGUAUCUCUCCAAGAAUGGUCACCAUGAACUCUUCACAUCAUACACGAUCGUUUUCAAGUAAGGUAAAUAAAUCACCAGAGACUAAAGUAAGCCAGUUAGAUAAGGAUACGGGAGAUCAAAGUGGGAACACAAUACAUGAUAUUAAAACAGAACCGCCAAAUGACACAUCUCAAGGUGGAGAUAGUAAUGAAAUAUCCAAUUUAGAUGACAGUAUUGACAAUCUGACUGACACUGUGGAUGUGCAGUCUGAAGAUGUCAUCGUUGAAGCUCGUGAAUCAGGGGUAACAUGCCCUGAUAUCAGUAAAUUAGGUGAUACCGAAUCGGUAGGUAUUCAAUUAAGAGACAAGACGUUGGAAACUAGUCAUUCAGAAACCGAAGUCUCCUCAUGUAAUUCCACAAAACAUGAAGAUCUUUCAACAGAUCAGGAUACUCCAAAACGGAGAAUGUCUCACUAUGUUGGCAGCCAUAAUAGUGAGUCAGAUAAUGGGAAGGAGUCAACAACUCAACAAAAAGCCACUGAUCCAAUAGUUGAAGUGCAAACUGUUACAUUGACUCAAUCUCCAAGAACUCGUAGUUUGUCUGCAAAGCAGAGGGAACAGUGCGGUGAAGUGUCAACUUCAACAAAUCAAGUAGAGCCAUUAGCUAGGGAAAUCCCUCUCAAGACUGAAACUAAUCUAUCACCCUCAAAGUGUAGUCCGCGGAGGGGGAGGGGGAGACCCCCAAACAUGGCAACUGUCAAUGCCAAGGUUAAUCUUAAACAGAAACUUCAAAAUAUGGAAGCUGAAACUAAAGAUAGCAGUAAGGUAGACAAUGAUAAAGUUAACAAAGACAGUAUUGUGCCAUCCUCCUGUACUGACACAAAACUCCAAGCUUCUUUGAAAGGUGGUGAUAUCAACGUUUCAAAUAAUACUGCUGGGGAUGACAGCGAGGAAGCUACUAAGACCGAUUGUCAAUCAGCUGCAAAUGUUGUGAGUUGUGACCAUGACUACUUUGCUGUGUCUCGUCAAGGUCAAGAUGUUACUAUGGACACAGAGGAAGAAGAGGAUUCCGAUGUUGAAGUGAUGGAGUUGGACAGUGAAAGUUCGGGGGCAGAUACCCCAAAGAAAAAUUGCACUCAGGGAAAUUAUACCAAAGACUUAGAAAAUAUUGACUGUAAACUUAGUGACAACUCUGCUGAUGUAAAAGAAUCUCCUGUAUUCCUAUCACCAGCUGAUAAAGAAUAUCUCACAAAAACUGAAAUUCAGUUGCCGAGUCAGCAGUCACAGUUGCCGAGUCAGCAGUCACAGUUGCCGAGUCAGCAGUCACAGUUGCCGAGUCAGCAGUCACAGUUGCCGAGUCAGCAGUCACAGACACUUGCACAGAACACAAAAAUUCCAGGUGCUGAUGCUUUAGCAGUGGUUAAAGCCAGUUUAGGAAAUAAACCGAUGACUGACAUUGAAGCCAUUGAUAAUAAAAAGAGUUCAUCAGUAGCCCUCCAGCCUACGAAGAUUGUUAGUCCGAGGGGACGUGGCCGAAAAAAAGGCUACAGUCCAAAAAAAAGUCCCAAAAGUGCCACUUCCACAACAGUUACCUCGGCUACUAUUGUACAAACUGUGAAUAAAAAUCAAGGUAUUCUUACAAAUGUGAAGAUCAAUGCCACCAAUCUGUUGCAAGGAGACGUGUCCAAAAGUGACAGUUGUGUAACAACGGAGGAACCAUCAAUGUCGCAGGAGUCGAUAGAUCAAAAGAAUAAAAUACAAGAAUUGAAACGAAAGUACUGUGAAGUGGAGGAUGUUGAUAGUGAUUUACAUGCAAAUAAAUUGUACGAUGCGUCGGACAUUGAUGACCCAUUCUAUUUUGAAUCGGACAGUGCUGCCCUCAAAGGCAACAAAGAUUACCGUCUGCUACUUCGAACACUGGUGACUCUUGAAGGGCAGCGUAUCCAAGCCGUUCAAGAUCUAGAGACGUUGUUUGAAAAUCAACAAAAAUCAAUUUGUCAACCAAUUGAAUUUGUUCAGAGGCUACAGUGCAAGGAAAAAAUGAACUUGCCGUGUCCGCAGAGAGUGGUGCCUGUACCCAAUAUAGCAUGGGAUAAAUAUGGCGUCUCUGUCACAUCAACAGGCAGUAAUUCCAUAGAAUCAUCACAUCAGUUGAGAAGUAAGCUUAACAAACAAACAGUUUUGGAAGAAAAAGAUAAUGUAAGUGUGGCGGAUAGUGUUGAAAAUGAGGGUUCAGCCAAAAAUGAGGAUACUAUGGUUGUAAGAGGUAGAGUUGGUGACAGCAGUAAACCAGCCACAUUUAACCAACUAUGGACAAUAGAAGAACAGCGUCGACUUGAGGAACUUCUUGUAAAAUAUCCCCCUGAAGAAGUGGAAGCAAAAAGAUGGGCUAAGAUUGCCAAAGAUCUAGGUAACAGAAGUACCAAACAGGUUGCAAGUCGUGUUCAAAAGUAUUUCAUAAAACUGGCUAAAGCUGGCUUACCUGUACCAGGCAGAACUCCAAAUUUACAGAGCUACAUUAACAGGCAUAGGCGAAAACAGCACUACUUCACCCGCCCUCUGUAUCCAGCGUCAACUCUUUUGCAGUCUCAUGUACCCCCUGUGUAUAUGGAUGAUGAUAAUGACAAAUGUUAUGAUGACUUAGACCACUAUAGUGAUGAAGAGGAACCAGCUUCUGAUGAUGAUUCAGUUCCUGAACAUUUACGAGAUACGGAGGAAUAUAGAGAAUUGAUGAACAUGAAGAAAUUAAAAAAAGAAAAACUGAAGCUACAGCAGAGUGGUCAGUCGCAGCAUGUAGGGUACUGCUGCGAUGGAUGUCACUCUGAGCCUAUCAUUGGUAUUAGGUGGCACUGUGUAGACUGUCCACUAGAAGUAUCGGUUGAUCUAUGUCACAGCUGUGCUGAAUGUGGACACGUUACUGAUCUUCACACUCCAAGUCAUCGCAUGGAAUGUAUUCGCUAUGCUGAAGCUUCCACAGGUUACAUUGAUGGAGAUUAUACUGAGUUUCAACCGUACGCCGGUGACUAUAACUAUCUUGAUCCCAACUACAAUCCGGCUAAAUUACCAUCGUGAGUGAUCGUCAUGUCAACUAGUAGACUGUGAUGUCAACAAACGAUAAACUAGAGGGCCUCAAGCUUGUUAUUCUAUAACAAAAUGAUGGAUUAUUUCUAUUAUGUGAUGGCGCUGUUUGCAAGGACUCCUCAAGUUGUGCUGGUGGGUGUGUGUGUGUUUGUGAGAAGAUACGACUGUGGUGGCACUGUUCACAAAGACUCUUGGAAUCAUUGGCAGUCUGUGAGGGCGCUGUUCAACGAACAACAAUAAUAUGAUAGCAGGAAUGUUUAUUUAGAAUUGAACCGUGUGUAACAGAAAAUGGAAUUAUUUAAGUUGGCCAUCCCCAUCCUAUAUACACCGACUUGCGCAAAUUCCAUUGCUUUAAGGGAUGGGUUGUGGAAACAUGUGCUGAAUCUUCUGCUCGUAUUUGCAGAAACACGUUCAAGUAUUACAACAACCGUGCAUCCAAAUUCCUCGCUAUCGCAUAUUUUGGUUGCCUUGUCCUAAUUGUGCAUUCAAAUGAUUAUCCAAUCAAUGUGUUUCAAAAUAAUCAAUAAUCAGAAAUGCGACACAGGCUUACUAUAUUUACUCUAUUAUUACCAAAUGCGGGUAAUAUGUGAAUGAAAAAGAUGUAUUGAUGGUCAUAAAAACUAGUUACAAAUCAAUGCAUUUUGUUAUUUACAUUUUAAGAGAUGUGCUUCUAAUAGAGCAAAUACUGCAACUCUUCCCUCUCACCACUUUUCACAAUGUAGUCCUGUCCAAGGUCAGUCUGUUUCACUACACUGUAGACAGAGAUUUUCAUAACAUUAAUUUAUUCAGAUUCUUACUGGUCUUAAAUUCUCAUUAAAAUUAUAGAAAAUGUUAGCAGAGUAGCAUUCAAUAUCAGGGCCCAUACAAUCUGUGUGAGUAAAAUAAACUACUGUAAAGGCAUAAUUAUUCACUGGGUUUUAAUUUCACUAUUUUCGCUGAUAUGUAAAAUCCACUAAAUUAAAUAUCCAUGAAUAUGUAAAAUAACUAUAAAACUCAUUGUAAAUAUGCUCAAAACAUCAAAAGAGUGAAAUGUCAGUGACACUAAAUGGUUUUACAGUAAAUUUGAACAUGCAUGGUGUGACAACCUUUGCUCUGUACAUUUCAUCACAGAAGACGAUUGAAAAUUCCUUCCUUUCUUUUCAUUUGCAAGUUUUUUUUUGCUGAGAUUACUGGUAAUCGUUGAAUAUUACCCAGUGCAAAAGCCAGACAAAUUGAAUUACAGUUUGCAUUCACUUUAAAAUUGACAAUGAUAAAAUGGAUUGAAAUGUAUAAAAUUGAUGCAAUAACUCUAAUGAAUUCUCAAUCAUUCACUUGGUUAUAAUUUUCGCUUAUAUCUAAGUACUCUAAAUUAAAUACCAGUGAAUAUACAAUGUACAAGGCUAGCUAUCCAACGUUGUGUUUCUUUCAUAGAGCAGUAGUGAAAUUAAAACCAUGUCAAAUCAAAUCCAGUAUCACAUGUACAUACAGACUAUUUAUUCAUUUAGAGUGCAAAGUUCAAGACCCAAUCCAUCAACAAUUUCUGGUUGCAUGAAUUUGUUAACAUAUUGACAGUCACAUGAAAUUUAUCAACAUAAUUCAGUACGAUGGCAGUCUGUGUAAAAUUUCCAGUCUUACUAAAACACAUGUUCUAAUUUAGUGUAAACAAACAACUUCAUG